UUAAACCUUCCCCCUUAAGUAAACUCCCUUCCUAUUUCUGCAUAAUGCGUCCAAACUUGUUCAGAGAGUUUUAAAAAUAUUUUCAGGAGGAGGAUCGGCUCUUCAUAUUUCUAUCUUUUACGGGCCUGCGUUUGCAGACUUGAUAUUCUCUUUGGCAACGUCUGCCGGUGGUGGGACGUGGUGUAGACUGAAGACGGACUAGAAAGCUAUUAACAGCAAUGGGACCUGGUGGACCGGGAGGAGGGCCAGGAGGUCCUGGUGGAUGGGGAGGAGGGCCAGGAGGUCCUGGUGGUUGGGGAGGACCAGGGGGGCCUGGCGGUUGGGGUCCUGGUCCGGGGGGACCUGGCGGAUUUGGUCCAGGGCCGGGAGGUCCCUGGGGCCCCGGAUUUGGAGGCCCUGGUUUUUGGCCUGGUGGCUUCUUUGGUGGCUUUGCUGAUGGUUUGUGCAACAUGAUAUCUUCUUGCUUCUACUGUCUAUGCUGUUGUUGGCUACUACAGGACUGCUUUGGUGGGCCCCGCGGUUAUGGUCCUCCGGGGCCCCCAUUCUGAUCCGUUUCCUUUUGUGUGCUGUAGCAGGGGUCAUUGGCUGCUUAGUCGUGCCUUACCAUAAAUAUGAACUUUACAAUCUAGUUUUACUCUUUUCUUCACUGCAUCCGUUCCGUUCAUUGUUGUUAUUGUCAAUAUGUGCAUCUAUUACUAUGCAAAACUAUUAUCCGCAUUAAUAAAUGUUAUAAGCUGAUUUCAAUUCGGAAAGUUGAUGCUUUUUGAUUGGA